AUGGCUUCCGAAGCGAUACCACCACCACCACCACCACCACCGCCGCUGUUAAACAACGAUAAUACCAAUACAAGCACCCUUCCAAAUGGUCCUUCAACUAGCCAGGUACAAUCUUCAGAUAAUGGAGGGCAAACAACGUCUACAGAUGGAACAAAAUCGUGGGAGAGAGCUUGGUCAGUCGAUGAAAUGCGGAAAGGAGCUACGAACUGGUCGCUCGCGUCAGAUGCUGGG